GCGCCAACUAACUGAUUAUUGGAAGCUACUUAUUCAGCGCGAGUUACAACUACUGCGGUGAACUGCACUUUUGCAGGAUCUGGCUGAGCUAAAGUUCCUAACAUUAGUGGCUUGUAAAGUCAUAAAUGGAAAGUAGAAGCGGAGGCAAUGCUACACCGGCAGCAAACGCUGCACCCCAUUUGUCAAAAACUGUCUCGUAUAUAUGUGGAGAAUGUCGGGCUGAAAACGAAAUUCGACCUAGAGAACUUGUUCGUUGUCUUGAAUGUGGACACAGAGUCCUAUACAAGAAACGGUCAAAACGAAUGAGCGUUUUCGAGGCUCGAUGAUGGUAAUACAAUCCCCAACAGAUUUCUGUUUGAUUUUGUAAAUAUUUUGCGAAAUAUAGAUAUGCUAUUUUGUGUAAUGA